AUGCGACUUAUCAACGUGGAAACGUACGAGCUGAAGGAUUUCUUAGGAAGGUCCAUCCCCGAAUAUGCAAUACUCUAUCACACAUGGGAAGACGAGGAGGUUCUACACCAAGACAUGAGGGACCUUGCGACGGCUCGAAGGAAGAAGGGCUUCACCAAGAUCAAAUAUUGCUGCCGUCAAGCAAAGCAAGACGGUUGGCGGUGGGCAUGGGUGGACACGUGCUGUAUUGACAAAACCUCGAGUGCUGAGCUCUCCGAGGCAAUUAACUCGAUGUUUGAUUGGUAUAGGCGAUCCAUGGUGUGCUAUGCAUACUUGAGUGACGUCCAAUAUCGGUCCAGUCUCGAUACUGAUGCGCAGCUCAUCUCUUCGCGUCCUCGGUCCUUCGAGCUGUCCUUGAAAGAUGCCACAGAGUCCCCUCGAUGGAGGUGGUUUCGGCGAGGGUGGACGCUCCAAGAAUUGCUCGCGCCCUUCCGAGUCUUAUUCUACUCUGCAGAGUGGCUAUCGCUUGGAACAAAGUCUGAGCUGAAACACUUCAUCUCGAAUAUCACCGGAAUCCCUUCAGAUGUGCUGAGCCGUGAUGCCGAGCUCUUCAAGUUACCAGUGGCGACACGCAUGUUUUGGGACUCCACACGCUCGACAACAAGAGAAGAAGACCAAGCCUACUGUCUUCUAGGCAUCUUCAACGUCAAGAUGCCACUUCUCUAUGGUGAAGGUAACCGGGCUUUCGAAAGACUGCAAGAAGAGAUCAUGAGAACUUCCGAAGACCAUGCUAUAUUCCUCUGGGGGCUUGCGGUCUCUGUGGAUGCGUUCUCUUCUAAGCCACCACGUGACAAGUUCCGCUGGAUACAAAAAUAUAUGCUAGCGGCGACCCCUCGAGACUUCUCGCGGCAAUUUCGAUAUCAGCCGAUCUUCUCUCAUCAAUUCUCGAACCUGCAAUUGACCAGCCGUGAACGAGGACUUCAAAUCACCCUUCCGUUACAAAGGCUGGACGAGCAACUUGUGCUCGACUACCCCUAUCUCGGACAGCUCGCCAAGGGUGUGGCAGCGUAUACAUACAACGAUUCUCCUCUGUUCCUUGGAAUUCUCAACUGCGUCCAAACCGCGUCGGAGGACGAUGUACAACGUGAUGCACCUCUCAUCAGCAACAGCCUGAUCGCCAACAGUUUCAGAGACCUGGCACUUGUGUCAGGUUCGGAGACGGUUGGCUUACUAUUACAGCUGGUCAGCCAGCCAAAAAACGCCAUUUUGCGACGUGUCGGGCCGGCCGUAAUCAUUAUACCAAGGCGGGUUCAUGUCGAAUGGGACUUGGUAACUUGCUUCAUCCUCAAUAACAAACAGACUGGAAAUGGCCGUCAUACUCUCACAUUAGCCUACACGAUGGACGCGCGGCUAGGCUACCGUGAAUUCAAAGGAGAGAUAUCGUGGAAGCCGAAGCCUGGACAGCGUUCCUAUUCCUCACGUCUGGACCGCCUUCUCCUAGGGUCGAUGGGGUUGCCUCAUAUAUACAUACGGUGCGAGGUCACACCAAGCUUUGAUGUUGACAUGGUAGCUUGCGAGAUCACCCAUGUCGCCGACUCAGAUCACAUGAACGUCGACUGGGACUUGACAUACAGGGGAUUGACCUUGAAGCCCAGCACUGCAACUAUGGAGCCUCUCUCCUUAACAUCGGUGGUUGUGGUCCUGUUUUCGAGUCUCGACGGACCAUUAACGACACUCUGCAGAUCUCUCUAUGCAUUGUACGACAAUUCAUGGAAAAAGGCGACCGGGUGUACAAAGUUAUAG